GGCCUGCUCCCCCCCAUGAUCUUCAUCACGCCGACUGGUGGUGUUGGAGAUUCUUUCGCGAUACGCGGCUCCGCCUCCCGAGACUCGCCAACUUCUGUCUUUGUCUCGAUGGGUGAAGGAACUCUUGUUGACGGUGAUGUCGCAGAGAGGACAGCCGUUGCAACAGCUUCUUUCUCGGUCUUAUCAGCGGUGGUGGUUUCCCCUUGCUCUUACUCAAUUGGGAACGCCGGUUGUUCCAACCAAUCUUCAAAAUCCGUUUCAGCGACCAACGGUUUGAUUACGGUUGCGGUUGGAGGUGGGAUUGGACACAUCUCCAUUCUCGCAGCCUCCAACUUCAUUCUAAGAACCAUGGUUAGUUCUCUAAGUGAGAGCCCUUCAAAUAUCGACAUGUGUUUGGUACGAGUACCUGCAACUGGGCUUUGAUACCACUGUUAGAAACCCACUUCUUAGGGCUUCUAGCGACUGAUCUUCGGCACCCACGCUUAUACGUAACAGAGAGGAAUUUAGGGUUUAGGAUAAGAAAUUAGGGAUUUAAAAAUAGAUUUGGAGAUUUAGGGAUUGGAGAACAGAAUUGGGGAGAUUUAAGAAGAAUAGGUCGGCGGCCUUGGGGAGAGAUAGACAAGAUUUGAGAGGGUUUUGGAAGAGAUUUGGGAGAGAUACUUUUCUUAAUAUUUUCCUUGAUUGGUUCAUAAUGAAAUGGAGAUUACAUAUUUAUAGGAAAAUACCGAUAAACCCUAACCAAUAAUUUAAUUCUACUAAAUCUCUACUAACUAUAACGAUAAUUAUCCUACCAUAAAUAAAUAGAGAAACCCACCUAAAUUGGGUUUCUAACAGACUUCACGGUCGCGAUCCACGAGGCGCGAUCGUGAUCUUCCUCGUGGUCGAAAUGCACUACGGUCGUGAUCCGAUUGAGGAAACAUUCUAUUUCUCCUCGGCUCCUUCAUGAAGUUUGCGUCCUGAGCCCACCAAUUCACGGCCGCUCUCUUCAGCUUGACUUUGCAGGCCAUGAUCUCGGCCGUGAUCUUCACUUCUAGGCCACAAUCUUCAUUCUUCUGCCCCCUUGCUACACUUGUGACCUUGUUUAUACCUAAUUCACAUGUAUCGUCUAAAAUAUCCUAAAAUAACAUCGAAUUCAAAUAGGAAGGACAUAGGGAUGCAAUCGACGAUAUUCAAGCAAUUAUGUACAUGAAUUGGCACGAAACAAACCUCAAUAUGAAGGAUAAAUAACACCAAUUUAGGUGUUAUCAAACUCCCUCACACUUAGGUGUUUGCUUGUACCCAAGCAAACCUACUCAAACCUAAUGUAACAUGAUAGACAAAUCAAUGGGGAAUGCACUCUAGUUCUUCAUUGCAUAAAGAAGAGUAGACGGAGAUGAAUGAACGUUACUAUCAUCUUAUUGUGCAAGCACAAAGUCUCGAGUGAGGACCAUACUUAAUACCUUAGGCCGAACAUUCAAGGUGUGCACCGAGGGAUUCUAAACAACAAACAAGCACAAUAACUCUCGAAGGUGCUCUUUAUUCUUUCUUACGAUUAGGAGUUGUCAUUUAUUGGUCUCCCUUUUCAACGUUGACGUGCAUUGCACCAAGCUUUUGUAAUUCUUUUGCAAACAAUCAUCUCUCCCUCAUGACCAAGAGCGGAUGAAUCAUAUCCCACCCAACAGUAGCAGACAAACUUGGAGAGCAGCCGAGAUUGGUUGGGCUCCUACGGUGGAACCUGGCUAGAGCACCGAAUUGUCGAAAACAAAUGCAGACAAGCAUAUAACGGAGAGGGUGUUCAAGGAAAGUGAUUGGGUGUAUUUGAAACUCAUACCCUGUAGACAAAUUUCUGUGGAACAAAGGGCUAACCAAAAAUUAGCUCCUAAGUUCUAGAGACCUUUUAUGGUGUUACAAACAGUUGGUGCGGUAGCAUAUAAAUUGCGACUUCCAUAAUGUGUUCCAUGUGUCACAACUCAAAUAGGUUAGAGGAUCCUAGGUUAAAGCUCAACCAACAUUGCCAGAGAUGGAUCAAAGUGGAAAUCUUAAACUAGAACCAGUUGCAGUGCUUGCUAGGAGAGUGGUUGCUCAGAACAACAAGGUUGUUACCUAACUUUUGGUGGAGUGGUCUCAUCUGCGGGAGGAAGAUGCUACUUGAGAGUUUAUAGCUGAAUUGAAGAAGAGAUUUCCAAAUUUUCAAACUUGAGGCCAAGUCUAUUCCGAAGGAGUGGAACUUGUAAUAGUUGGUCUUAAAUGUAAAGGAUUAGAAAAUAAGGGAGUUCUUUGUAAUAGUGUAGAUGAACUGGUGGUUGACAGUUGUCAACCCGAGAAAGUAUACUUAAGGUAUUAUAUUAGGUAUCCAUAAUCCAUUGUGGGUUGUUGCAAUCAUGAGAAAUACAAAUACAAAUUUCCU